AUGAACAACUUUUCUCGAGUGUUUACUAAAAACAUCAAUCAAGCUGUUCAGUUUGCAUCUGAAAAAUUUGGAACCGCGGAAGAUAUAACUGAUUUACCUCCAGAAUAUAAAGAACUUGAACUGCGCGUCGAUGCGCUUCGAACAAUUCAUGAAGAUUUGCUAAGAGUCACUCGGAUUCAUACAAAUCCAUCAUAUGAUUAUCCUGGACAACUUCAAGAAUCAGUAAAAGAGCUUACGCGUAGCGUUGGUGAUCAAUUUAAAAUUCUAACUUCUCCUCCCAAUGAAAGGGUAGCCGAAACACGAACAGCAGAAACUUUACCACCCCAACAACCAAAGACAUACCAUCACGCUCUAGCACGCACAUCAGAACAUGGUGCGAAAUACUUGGGUAGUGAAGAUCCUCUUGGGGCGGCGUUGAAUAAAUAUGCGACCGUACAAGAACGUAUUGGAGAUCAUAGAAUUAAGAUGGAUUCCGAGAUAGCUCAGAAAUUUGUUCAGCCUUUUAAUACAACACUUAAUACCAAUAUUCAAUUUGCUAUGAGGGCAAGAAGGAAUGUUAAUUCAACACGUUUGGCACUUGAUUCUGCUAAGAGAAGAUGCAAGACUGUUCGUGGAGAAAGAUCAGAGGCCGUAAGAUUAGAAGUUGAGCAGGCAGAAGAUCAAUUUGUAGCUGCUGUCGAGGAAGCGACUACAUUAAUGAAAUCAGUACUUGAAACGCCCGAAGCCCUUCGAAAUCUUUCAGACUUGGUGUCAGCCCAAUUGGCAUUUUAUAAAGAAGCUUAUGAAAUACUUGCUGAGAUUGCACCAGAAAUUGAUGAAAUGCAAGUGACACAAGAAUCAAUGUUAAAAUCCAAAUCAUAUCCAGUUACAAAUUAUGGUCUAUUUGAGAAAUGUAUAACAUUAAGAGGACAAAUUAAAUGUUCGGAAUUCCCUUCAGAAGCUAAUGGUGAUUGCACAAUGGAAGGAUUUUGUGAAGAAUGGCUUAAAGCUAGAUAUAAUAUGAUACUUGCAGCUGUAUUUGGAGGUCUUAAUUUGGUUUAUUGCAUUUUUAUUUUAAUUAGCCGUAAAUUUCAUCAUGAACAUGCUUGGAAAGUUGUCUUUGGUUUAACUUUAUUAUAUUCACUUCUUCAAUUGAUUUCAGUUGAAACAGUUGAUGAACUUUCUUCCAAAUUCAUUGGAGGUGUUGAAACUGAUUUUAGUUAUUAUCUUGCUGAUUACUCUUAUAUUAUGAAUUUCUUAUUAGCUUGUCUUUUAUUCGUGGUUGGUCUGACAUAUCAACCUUCAUAUGAACGUAUAAAUUAG